AUGAGUGACGAUGAGUUGAUAUUGAACUUUGCUACAGCAGAGCCAACUGAGACCGAGUCAAAGCAACAAACUACUAAGUUCAAGGGAGGUCGCUGGACAGACCGCCGAAAUGCUAGAUUGAAGCUGCAAGGCCGUGAGUGGAAAAAAGGAUCUGGCGUUAACAGUAUAGACGUUACGAACAACAAGUUCAAUGAGCUUCAAAAGAAGUAUGAGGAUGAAAACCCAGACAAAUCCAGCAAAGAAAGGUCACAACCAAAGCAUGACGUGAAGAGAAGAGAACCCAGGAAACCAAAAGAUGAUGAUGCCCAAGCCAAGAGACAGAAUGGUGAACCUCUAGGAGGACUGGCGAAAAGAAUAAAGUUCAAUGAAAGCUCAGGUGAGUUCGGUGGAAAGAAUAACUCGUAUGUCUCGUCCUUGUUCACAUCCAACAAGAACAGUGAGACCCUUCAAGAAAGUGGAUCUAGCGAAACCACUCACCUUCCAUCUAAUGCCCCAUUAAGCGAUGCAUCCACCUUUGCUGGUCUCGGACUCAAUGAGAAGUUGAGUGAACAUCUUAAAAGUUCCAUGCGCUUCAUUUCUCCGACUAAAGUUCAAAGAGCUGUGGCUCCCCAGAUGCUCACGUCUAAUGAUGACCUCUUCGUGAAGGCUCAAACAGGUUCCGGUAAAACUUUGGCUUUUGUGCUCCCCAUGUUGCAUCGUUUGAUGUCAGAAGAAACCCAAAUCAACAGACAAAGCGGACUUUUUGGCAUAAUAUUGACCCCAACGAGAGAGUUGGCGUCUCAAAUCUACUCGGUUCUUGAAGCAGUGCUCAGAUGUCAUCAUCACAUUGUGCCUGGUAUUGUGGUUGGUGGUGAGAAGAAAAAGUCAGAGAAAGCCAGAAUUAGAAAAGGUGUGAAUAUUCUUGUGGCUACUCCAGGACGUUUGGCUGACCACUUGGAAAAUACUGAGUCCCUCGACGUUUCUCAGACCAGAUGGCUUAUAUUGGACGAGGGAGAUAGACUUGUGGAGCUUGGGUUCCAAGAGACAAUCACAAAGAUUACAGAACAUUUACAACGCCAUUCAAAAGUGGCUGCCUCGCUGCGCCAAUGGCCUCUUCUUCCAAACAAUAUCGUAAAUGUUCUUUGCUCGGCAACGAUGCCCGAGGAUGUGAAGAAGUUGGGAAGUACAGUUUUAAACAACCCCAAGUGGAUCUCUAUUGACAAGAACGACACUACAUUCCAUGGAGAUGCAACUGCACCAGAUCAGCUUGUUCAAAAGGUGAUGGUUGUUCCACCAAAGUUGAGAUUGGUGACUCUUGCGGCUAAAUUGAAGAGAAUCAGUAAGAACUACAGAACCCUGACUACUCGUUCCAUGGUAUUCUUUUCAUGCUCGGACUCUGUGAAUUUCCAUUUUGAAGUUUUUUCUAGAGGAGGUAGAAGUGGCCAGAAGGAGCAAAGCGAAGAUGACGAGCCAACCGAGCUGUGCUUCCUGAAUGCUCCUCAGAUCGAUAACAACACUAUUAUAUUCCGUUUGCACGGAUCCCUCUCGCAGCAAUUGCGUACCUCGACUCUCCAGAAAUUCAUGAGUGAUUCUGGAGAUAACGAAGGUAAGCAUCUUAUUCUUUUCUGCACAGACGUUGCUUCCAGAGGAUUGGACUUGCCAAACAUCGCUAGUGUUGUCGAGUACGAUCCACCAUUCUCCAUUGACGAUCAUUUGCACAGAAUUGGUCGUUCUGCCAGAGCAGGUAAUAAAGGUGAGGCUACCCUCUUUUUGCUUCCUGGUGAGGAGGAGGGUUAUGUUGACGGAAAGCUUCGUGUGGUGCACCCUAAGGAGGGUAGCUUGAGGAUUGUCAGCUACGAAACUUUGCUUAAAGACAGCUUUGGUGAGAAGAAUACCGAAGCUGCUCCUCAAAAAGGGAAGAAAGUCGAUCCAAAAGCUAAAGAGGGCAAAUGGGACAUCCAUGCUACUACCUGGCAUCUUGAAGUCGAAAGAUGGCUUUUGGAAGACUCCAAAGCACUCGAGAGAGCGCUGCAUGCAUUUACUUCACACAUUAGAGCCUACGCCACUCAUUUGUCUUCGGAAAGAAACUUUUUCAAUGUCAAGCUCCUUCAUCUUGGACAUUUGGCCAAAACGUUUGGUUUGAGAGAGACACCCAAGAAGCUAGGAAAAACCAGUGGAAACUUCGGUGCUGAAUCGAGCAAGAAGAAGGAGGACCCAAGGAAGAAGAUGUUGAGAAUGGCAAAGAUGGCCGAAAAAGCUCAGACUGCUGAGUUCAAUUACUAG